UCCUGAAUUCACUGUAUGCGGAACUUGCUACAUUUCACACUGCUCAGUUCAAUUUGAAGCUUUCCGCGUUGAAAAAUGCCCUAAUAACUAUCGCUAAAACCUCUAGAGCAGGUUUUAUUAAUGCAGUUUUCUGGUAUAAAUACAUGUAACAUUGCUAGCUGUUACAAAGUUACGGCUUAAUGACAGUAUUAUUCACGUGUUAGCCUCAUGGCUGACUCCUUGACCGUAAGUAGCCUGUACUUCAUACCAGAUUCAAGCAGCUAAGGUGAAGCUAGGCGACCACUGAAAGGGGCGCUGGUAGUGGGGACUUGCGGCAGCGGGGUUGGGGAUGGACCCGAAUCCAGCAAAGCGGCUCCGGACGGCGGAGGAAGAGGAAGCAGAAGUGAGAGAAAACGGAGGAGGAGAGCAGCCAGAGGCGGAGAGGAGGAAGACGGCGGAUGUGAGUAUCAUCAUGCCGGUGCACAACGCAUCAUCUUGGCUGGAGGAGUGUCUGCAGGCCAUAAUGCACCAAGACUUCACCGGCUCCAUGGAGCUCUCCGUGUUUGAUGAUGCAAGCACAGAUGACUCCAGGAAAGUGCUGGAGGCCUGGAGGGAGAGGAUGGAGGAUCGGGGAAUCUCAGUGGUGAUCUCUGGUCACGGUUCUUCCCAACCCGGAGGAGUGGGAUUUGCAAAGAAUAAGGCAGUGACUCAGAGUAGUGGACGGUACUUGUGCUUUCAGGAUGCGGAUGACAUUAUGUUGCCCCAGAGAGUCCGUUUGCAGUAUGAAACAUCUAUCCUCCAUCCAAACUCUCUGAUUGGCUGUAGAGUCCAGCGGCUGCCGGAGGGAUCUACGGAGCGAUACGCUCGCUGGAUCAACUCACUGGCUCAGGAUCAGCUCCUCACUCAGGCAUACACCUCCCAUGGGCCCACGGUUGUCAUGCCAACAUGGUUCUGCUCAAGGAAAUUGUUCAUGAAAGUCGGAUUGUUUGACGAAGGAGGCAAGGGAGUCCCAGAGGAUCUGCUCUUCUUCUACCAGUUCCUUCGUCAGGGAGGCUCUCCGCUCAGGGUGGACCAGCGCCUGCUGGUUUAUCGGUACCACGAGGCGGCUGCUACUCAUUCUGUGACCGAGGAGACUAUCUGGAAGCUGCGCGUUGACUUUCUGCAGGAGAGAGUUCUCAGCCAGUGGGAAAGCUUCACCAUCUGGAAUGCCGGGAAACAGGGGAGGAAGCUCUACCGAAGCCUGAGCCUGAUCAAUCAGAAGAAGGUCAAAGCGUUCUGCGAUGUGGAUGAAAAAAAAAUUCAGAAGCGAUUCUACACACAUGAGGAAUCCAAGGAAAGACCAAAGCCUACGGUCCCCGUCCUGCACUACAAAGAGGCCACGGGCCCCUUCAUUAUCUGCGUUAAACUGGACAUGACAGGAGGCGUCCUGGAGGAAAACCUCAACUCUUUGCAGCUGAAGGAAGGAACAGAUUACUACCAUUUCAACUGACGGCUCAACGUGCUGCAGGAGACCACAGGAGCCCCGCAGGUUAAACAGACACAGGAAUGCAGAAGACUGAUUUAUGAAAACAUAAACACAAACUCAGAGAUAGGGUGUUUAUAACAGGGAGGUGAAGUGAAAGCAGCAGCACUGGAUUAAAGGACAAAAACAAGAGGAAUGAAGACGUUUAUAUUGUGUAAUAAAAAGGGCCUUUGACUGUGUAAAAAGGUAAAGAAUUUCGAGUCCUGAUAGUUUAACUUGGCGAGGUUAACAGGUCUGGUUUUCUGCUUCUCUCUUUUUCCACUGUUUCAAAUUUGUUACUUUUGGCUCUUUUUGUGGAGAUUUUACAGUAAAUUUCUCUUCUUAGAGAAACAUACUUUAACGUUUUGUCUUUUCUGGUUAAGCGGAAUCUGAGUGAAACUGUAAAAGCGAAGCAGGUUUCAUAAGGUAUAUGAAGUGAUGCUUGAUAAAGCGUGAAACCGCGCAGGAACCAAGCAGCCCCUGCAGAAUACUUACUCAGGUUAUUGAUCACGUAGAAAAGGUUAAUUUGUUAUUUCUAAGAGUUCAUGGAAGUAACUACAGAUGCAUCUCAAUAACUAAGAACUUAAUCACAAAGUUUGUUUCUCUAAUUUAGUUCAACUAGAUUUGUUAGAUACUUUGUGGCGGAUAAAAUCCAGCGGACGAUGCGACAAACCAUCACUGACUGUGGAAACGUCACACUGGACAUCCAGCAACGUGGCUCUGUACCUCUCCACUCUUCCUCCAGACUUUGUAACCUUGAUUUCCAAAUUAAAUUCAAACUUUACUUUGAAAACUGGACUUUGAAAACCUGAGCAGCAUCUUUAAACCAGAUGAGAUUAUUCUGAUGUUUCUCAUUCGAAUGUGGUUAGGAAUGAGGCAGAAACUCACUCCUUGUGAAUUUAUAUUUUUUCGGGCCACUUUUUCCUCCCACUGAACUUUCCAUUAAUAUGCAGCAUCAUUAGAAAUUUACUUCAGUGACUUAACAUUUUUGUAGUGCAUCCUGGACAACACUCAAGUCAGCAGUCAUGGCAAUAGCAUUAGUUUUAUGUUAUAUUAUAUAACUUUCAGUUAAAUUAAAUUCUACGUUUUUAUUGAAAUUCAUCGCUCUGUUUUUAAUACACAAGUUUCACUUUUUUGAAUUGAAUUACAUAACUAGGUGGACUUUAUGAUGAAAUUCUAAUUUAUUCAGAUUCACCUGUAAAAAAUAUAUAUAUAUUGUCCAAGAGGACAAAUAUUUUGGGUCAGUCUUCCUCUUAAUGUGUGUCUUUUCAGAGGUAGCUGCUAGUAGAUAACCUCAGCAUCAUUAGCAACCAUUUAGAAAUCUGGAAACAGUUUUUAUGUUUCUAACGCCCAGUUUGGACUUCACAAGUUAAAUACUGAAGCCCAACACAUGUUCUAAAGUUAAAGGAAGUCUCAUCACACAAUGUGCAGCUUCUUAGGGGUGGGAUUUUUUUAUGACCGGAUUUCGAAACAAGUCCUUUGUCUGAUGCAACCAUGUAAAAUCAGAUCCACUCAUACACAUCUGCUCCAAAUGAAAGAUGGAUUUUGCUCAACUCUGUUUUUCUUUCUCUGCUUCUCUUAUGAAAUCUAAAGAACAAUAACCUUUUUCAGAGGGCACAGUUGUCAUACAUAAACACAAAAAAUGGUUUGUUUUGCCCCACAGAAAGAAGAGAUUUUUUUUUUUACCCAAAGGUAAACAGAUCUUACCCUUAAAAUUCUCCCCCCUCUGCUUUUUUUUCUGGGUCAGCAGCAUGGUCAGAGUUACUGUAAAUCUGCCCACAGAAGUUUAAAAAGAAGUCACAAUCAUGGUUAAAAAAAGAUGAUAAAGUCCAGUUUUUCUUUUUUUUUGCUUUAUACUUACUUAUACCCGAAUGAAAUCCAGAUAAAAGACAAGCUGUUGUAAAAAGAAAACCACGAGAAGUCAAACCAUAGAAUAAGAUGAUCUGGCCUGCAGGGAAAUCGCUACAAAGUCAUAUUGUUUACAUAUACUUCAGACAUUUCCUAUUAACAACUUUAUUAUCAAUAGGUGAUUAACAACACCCCAGACAUUAGUUAUUGUCAAGUUAAAAGUUGCUUUAUAAUUUGAUUCAACACAUUUAUCGUUGUGACAUCGCUCGGUAUAAGCUGUGUAAGUAAAAAAAACUUUUUUUU